AUGAGUAAUACACACACACUGAUAGAUAAUGGCUACCAGGCGUUUCCAUAUACGUACUGCAAAAGUUGGAAUGACAGGGAAUUGAAGUUUGCCCGGACAGUGAUUUUCACUGUGGAGGAGAUCAACAGAGAUACUAGGCUCCUUCCUGGAGUGACUUUGGGUUAUAGGUUGUAUGAUGGCUGUGGUGAUGAAAACAUUAUACGGGCAGCUGUAGAAGCUGUAAAUGGAGAGGAUUCAAAGGGCUGCAGUCAUCAAGUCCAGGCUCUCUUAGGCCAUUCAUCCUCUGGAUUGAGUAAAGACAUAAACAUCAUACUAAGUCCACUAUCCAUUCCACAGGUUAGUCAUCUUUCAACCUGUGCUUGUUUAAGUGACAAAAGACUAUACCCCACGUUCUUCAGAACUGUGCCAAGUGACCACUUCCAAAUCAUCGGCUUGGUGCAGUUUAUGAAAUACUUUGACUGGCGAUGGGUGGGGAUUAUUCAUGCUGAAGAAUUGUACUCAAAGGAAGGUACAGCUGACUUCACUAAGGCAGCACUGAAAGAGAGCAUAUGUGUUGAAUACACAAUACCUUACUCUAAGACAUCUGAAACAAUCUCAAAAAUGGAUGCUAUUGUAAAGAAACUAAGGAAAUCCUCGUCAAAGGUGGUCCUGUUGUUUAUGUCCCUGUCUUUAACUAAAUCGUUUCUGUCAAAAAUGGAGACUUAUAACAUAACUGGAAAGCAGUGGGUUGGCAGUGAGUCUUGGAUCACUCAAGUAGACCUGGCUUCCAUCAAGAGGAAGAGCAUUUUACAGGGGGCAAUGGGCUUUGCCCUUCCUCAGGCAUCCAUACCAGGUCUUGAUGAAUUCUUACUCAGCUUGAAACCUUCUGAUGAGCCACAGAGUGCUAUAGUUAAAGAUUUCUGGGAGAAGGUAUUUCACUGCAGCUUCUCGCCAUCCAGUACCUCGACUAUGUGUUCUGGCACAGAGGAUCUCAGGACAGUCUCAAGUGCCUACACAGAUGUAACACAUUUCAGGGCUGAGAAUAAUGUGUACAAAGCUGUGUACUUGGUGGCAAAUGCCAUUCAUGCACUAUUGCAAUGUAAAAAUGGCUCAAAUCCCACCACAGGAAAGCCCUGUGUGAACAAGAAUGAAGUUCAGCCUAAGCUGGUGUUGGAACACAUUAAGUACGUGAACACCCCAAGACAGAAUGGGGCGAAGGUUUUCUUUGAUGAAAAUAGAGACUCAGUUGCCCAGUAUGACUUAGUUAACUGGCAGAUGAGAGAAGAUGGCUCUGUUGAGAUUGUGAAUAUCGGACAAUAUGAUACAUCUUUUCCAGAGGGGGAAAAAUUCAAACUAAAAGACAACACCAAAAUAGUUUGGGGAGGAAACAGUAAUGAGGUGCCAAGGUCUGUCUGCAGAGAGCCGUGCCCACCAGGGACUCGUAUGGCCAUGAACAAGUUUAAGCCUGUGUGCUGCUUUGACUGCUUUGACUGCCCCGAGGGAACAAUAAGUAAUCAGUCAAAUUCUCCUGACUGUUUGAUCUGUCCCCCUGAAUUUUGGCCAAAUAAAAAUAAAAAUAAGUGUCUUCCAAAACCUACUGAAUACCUUUGCUACAAAGAGGUCAUGGGGGCACUUUUAACUGGAUUUUGCUGUGUUGGCGUAUUUUUAUCUCUUCUGACAUCAAUCAUUUUUUUGACUCAUAAGGAGACUCCCAUUGUAAAAGCCAACAACUCUGAGCUGAGCUUCCUGCUGCUCUUCUCCUUGACUCUGUGUUUCCUGUGUUCUCUGACCUUCAUAGGCCAGCCCUCUGAGUGGUCCUGCAUGCUGAGACACACAGCAUUUGGGAUUACCUUUGUCCUCUGCAUCUCUUGUGUUCUUGGGAAAACUAUCGUGGUUUUAAUGGCCUUCAGAGCCACACUUCCAGGCAGUAAUAUCAUGAAAUGGUUUGGUCCUAUACAGCAGAGACUCAGUGUUCUGACUUUCACCCUCAUUCAGGUUGUUAUUUGCAUACUUUGGCUAACAAUCAAUCCUCCAUUCCCAAAGAUGAACAUGAAGUACUAUAAAGACAAGAUAAUCUUAGAAUGUGCCCUGGGUUCAGCUGUUGGAUUCUGGGCUGUGUUGGGUUAUAUCGGACUUCUUGCUCUCUUGUGUUUUAUGCUUGCUUUCCUUGCUAGGAAGCUGCCAGACAGGUUUAAUGAAGCCAGACUGAUCACCUUCAGCAUGCUGAUAUUCUGUGCAGUCUGGAUCACAUUUAUUCCAGCAUAUGUCAGCACUCCUGGAAAGUUCACUGUAGCUGUGGAGAUAUUUGCUAUUCUGGCUUCCAGUUUUGGUUUGCUGGUAUGCAUUUUUGUCCCAAAAUGCUAUAUUAUUAUCUUCAAGCCAAAACAAAACUCAAAAAUUCAUUUGAUGAGGAAAAUACCAGGGAGAACUCUUUAA